CACACACACACACACACACACACGCGCGCGCGCGCGAUUUAAAAAAAUGUAAAGCAGUCGAGUCACUUUCAUUGGGGUGAUCGCAGGGAUCAAUCGAGCAAGUGCAAUGAAAAUGCCGUUCCAUGAGAGGACAGUCUUUUUUUUUUUUCUUUUUCUUUCUUUUCAAACCACUUUAGUUUGGUGUUUUGAAUAAUUUCACCGGCGGACCUCACUUAACUACGGCUUGUUGUUCCCCUGACCCCCCACAGACUCACACAACAAACUUCUACUAUAUCAUUAAAUCUACACAAUGCACCGAUGCAAAAAAAUUCAGUGAUAGUUUAUGUAGGCCUAGAUCUAUCUGCAUUGUAAUCAUAUAUUUACACUACUUUGAUUGUGAUUAACAAAUCAACACACGGUGUCCUAAAUACGCUUACGUUCUGGCGAGAUCCGGCGGCAUUUUAGAAUCGGUCUCAAUUUCUAGUCAACACCGUAGAGAAAUUAUGAAUUAUCAAGAGUAAUCUCUCUUCUUACAAAUUACAAUUUCCGGAACUUAGAAAAAUAGUUCCAAGUAGAAAAAUAACAAUUGAUAACAAACAUUUCCUUAUGAUCCAAUUUUGUCCAUAUUUACAAUAUGUCUAAUAUACUGUGCACUUUGAAAUAAUUUGAAAAAGAAUCAUUUUUGUUUUUGAGUUUUCUUCCGGGGAAGUGCGGUUACCAGGAGUUAGAGUAUGAAUAUAUUUGUAUCAGCUCCAUAGCAACGGCGGUAAACCAAACAGGUGUCGAGAGGUGCAAGGCUGGGAAGAUUGAGAUACUGUUUGUGUGCUUCUCUGCCCCUCAAGGAUCCUAAGUUUCAUUAUGGCGUUGCCAUUUCUACCCGGCAACAGUUUCAACAAAAGUCUUGGAAAGACCAAGCACCACAAGUCCCACCACUUCGACUAUGCCAAUGAAGUGUCCAUGAUGGUUGGGGCUGAGAAGCCCGGUAUAGGAGGCGAACCGCUACUUGGACAGAAGUACAAACCCAGGAAUACAGUCUUCCCAAAAGGAGAGGGAAGCAAUUUGCCAGCAUGGGUUGCUUUUGAUAGACAAGUGCUCAGCUUUGAUGCAUACUACCAAGAAGCUGUCCAUGAGAAGAGAGAGGAACAGUACAGGGUCAGGAACUGCAAGAUUUACUUCUACCUCGAGGAUGACUCAAUUCAAGUUCUAGAGCCAAGACUGAAAAAUGCAGGAGUUCCCCAAGGCACGUUGAUUCGCCGCCACAGGAUUCCUCGACCACCUCCUAAUGAAGAUGAGUUCUACACAGCAGAAGACUUCAACAUUGGCUCUGAGAUUAACCUGUACUCAAAAGUAUUCAAGAUCACGGAGUGUGAUCAGUUUACACAAAAUUUCAUGAGGAAAAUGGGUACAAAUGUCCAGAGGCCAAACGUGCCGCCUAAUGACCCCUACAUGAACUACAGAAAAGCUAUGGACGAGUCGAUGCAGCCGUUGCGGCCGUACGAGAAGUACGACACCCUGAAGCAGUUCCUGGACCACGACCGGCACGUGCUGAGAUUCUUCUGCUACUGGGAUGACACGGACAACAUGUUUGGCGACAAGCGCGAGAUGGUCCUCCACUACUACCUGGCCGAUGACACCAUCGAGAUCAGAGAGGUGAUUCCCCCUAAUGCUGGCCGAGAUGCUGUUCCCGUCUUCCUGCGCCGUGGCAAACUGCCCAAGGACCCCGGCAGCCUCCAACAACCAGGGGUGGUCACUGACCGGACAGUGCUCAAUGUCUUUGGUCCCACAGGGGCCGGUGGACGCUACAUUCUGGACAGUCUCAAGACCGGGGCCAUCAACGGUGAAUGUUACACGGACAAGGACCUGACGCCGGGCGCGGUCAUCAGUGUCUGGGGCCGGAGGUUCAUCAUCUGUGACUGCGACGACUUCACUCGGGAAUACUUCAAGACCAAAUACGGAGUUGACGAGAUGCCUACCGUGAGCAACAAGCAAGACGAAGUGGCGCAGCAGAACCGACAGAUGCCUCCGUACAACGGCUUUGGCAGCGAGGAAGACUCUCUGUGCUCCUGCAAGGGGCUCCUGCCCAAGCCGCCCAAGCGGGACUUCAUCAAGUUCAUGGAGCGCGACCGCCGCGGCCUUGACAGCAACGUUCUCCGCUUCCUGGCGCGCAUGGACACCAAGAAGCCCAUCGACAUGGACAGGCGCUUCAUCAUCUCCUACUUCCUGUCUGACGAUACCAUCCUGGUCUUUGAGCCGCCAGUCAGGAAUUCAGGCAUUAUCGGGGGCAAAUUCUUGGAGCGUAGCCGCGUGAAAAUCCCCAACCAAGAGCGCUACAGCACGGAGCUGUCUGAGUACUACUCGGCCCAGGACCUUUUCGUGGGCGCUCGCGUCUGCUUCAACAACUUUGCCUUCAUCCUCAUCGACGCGGACGAGUACGCCUUCCAGUUCAUGGAGGACAACUCUCAGGCCUUUGUGAGGUCAAACAUCAACAGCGUGGUCCAGCGACUAGCGGCCAAGCUGGGCUCCAACAAGGAGGACGUGCGGGCGUUCUUCGCCAAGACGGACCCCUCGGGCUCGGGCUACAUCCCCUACGAGAAGUUCCGGGAAAUGGUCCUCAACGUGGAGCCUACCAUGUCAGACCAGGAGAUCAUGACCCUGGCGAGACAAUACAGCGACCGUCGUAACGACGUUGUCCUGGACUCGGGCAAACUGAUCGCUAUCAUGCAAGAGGAGCUGAGGAAGAGGAACUUUGAGGGCUUCGGCACGCUAGUGUCAGCGUUCAGACAUCUGGACAAAGCAUGCUGUGGCUUCCUGGACAGAGAAACCAUCAGGAAGGAGUUUGGGGCACAGCACGUGCCAUUGCCUGACGACAUGCUCCGGGCUGCCCUGUCUGUCGCUCCAACGGCAGAGAGCAACAACGAGGCGGUGAAAUACGAAGAUUUUGUCCGCUCCCUGAACUGGCGCGACUUCCCCGUGCCUCCCGUGCAGUACCAGCCAACAGGUGGCGCCGACGACUGGUGCGGCAACAAGCCGAGUAACCAGAUCAACAACGUCCACUACGAGCCGUUGUUACAGCAGAUCUUCGGGGAUGUGUCCAGCGAGCCCCCUGUGGCCCCCUAGACACGGACUGACCGGGGGGAAAACUUGCAGGAAAUACAAAGGAGUCUUUUUAUAGAUCUUUAAUUCACAGAAAAUAAAACCCUCUCUUUUUUAAAUUCUUCCUCGUUCUCUUUUUUUAGUGAAGCCACAGCCUCAGUCUCAGUUUAUUUGACAAAAAAAAAUAGAUUCCUUGCUGUUGAUUGUUUGAACACAAUAUUGUGGAAAACAAUGAGACACUUUGAUCUGUGUAAGUUCACUCUAGACUGACUCCUUUGUGUUUAUUGUAUUAUUUUUGUCUCCUAAAGUGCUGGAGUUUUCUGUUUUGUCUAGCUCAGAAAGGGUUUUUUAUCCUCCAAAACUUGUGGAUAGAGUCAUGCAGAAAAAGUUCUGAUUCUGUUCACCAAAUUCUGAAGGUGUAUAUGCUCACUGCUCUAGGUUUUAUUAUAAUGAAUACGUAACUUUCACCAAUUUUGUAACGGAAACUUUGGUAUUUUCAUUUUUGAAACAUUGGUACCUGCUUUCACAAACAUUCAAGUUAUGUGUAAACAAGAUGAGUGUAUGUUCGAGUGUAAGUAAAUAAACAGUUGUCAGAUCUUGUAGCUCUUUCAAGUUUUCAAGAAAAUGAAAAAUGAUGCGCAGAAUUGCACCUUCAGAACGGUGAUCGCAAGUUGUUUCAAACUUGUUACUCAUCCUCUCUUUUCUCUUGUGAUAACUCAACGUCACCCGACCUCUUUCUCACCUCUUUGCCAUUUGCCUCUUUCACCCUCUGCCUUGCCAUUGACCCUCAACGUCACCUAGCAAGCUGUUUCAUUUUGUGUAUUCAUCUUCUUUUUCCCCCCAUCACUUUCUGCCCAACCUGCAUAGAGGAGAUACAUGUAAGGCACUCACACCUCACAGCUGUUUCUGUGUGUGUUGUUGGUUUUAAAAAAGUUUAGGCAUGGAAUGAAUUAAUGAAUGUAAUCCUCCUGCUACUUUUUAUCGUGAGAUUAGACUGUUUUCUUGUGAGAGAAAGGCAAAGUGAUUGAAUAUGCAGGAAGCAGCCACCUUUGACAGCAGAGGUUUUUUGGGUUGUUGUUGUUGUUUUUUUCCAGCUAUUUUUAUUUGAAUUGAAAGUUGCAAACAUUCGUCAAGCAAUAAAUCAUGAUCACCGGAAAGUGAUGUCUUUGUGAAUGAAAAAUUCCUUAGUAAUAAAAUGAAAUAAGGAACCACCCCUCAUAUAGUGUCUGCUAAAUUGCUUUUGAAAUAUAUGGAUUGUUUUUCUUUUCUUUUUUUUUUUGUGGAAGCUUUACCUGAACUUUGUUAAUAAUGCCUAUGCACCUCUCUAUGCUGAAAACGAAUACAUCCAUCUUUGUUGGGUUGGGCUUUUCACCGUUGUACAUUAUUUAUACAGUUUUUUUAAAAAUGCAUCGUAAGUAUUAUAAGAUUUAGUUGACCAUAUUCCCUGUGAUAUGAAAUGUUUGUUCGGAAAAGCUACCAUUAUAUCCAUUGACUGCAUGUGUGUUGAAUUUUUUCCCUUCAUUUUAUAGAUAUAUACUUUUUACAGGAAUGAAAGAGUGUUGUAUACUUGUGACUGAAAGCUUGGACCCCCAUCGAACAGGGAUGAAAUAAAUCUACAUCAGUCUUUGUACAUCUCACGACUUUUUUGUCCUUUCUUAUUGUUUAUUUGUUUUGUUUUGUUGUCUUGUUUGGUUUCAUUUUUCUUUUCUUUCAUGUCUUUUUUCAUUAUUAAGAGAAAAUAAUUCCUGUUUUAUGUCAGAAUAAAAAUUUUGAACAGGACAUUGUUGCAAAGAAAUGUGGAGGAAGGAAGAAAGCGUGUUUUGUUUCUGUGCAAUGGUUUAAUCUGUGUGGAUAUAAUCAUAUAAUGUUUCUCUUUUUUAUUGUCCAGAAACGUUAUAAAUAAAGAAAUAUAAU